GCAGAAGCUCCUGUGAGUUAACCGGAGAGUGAGAGAGUGUGUGAGAGAGUGUGAGAGAGUGAGAGAGUGAGCUGUUGCCGCCGCCGCCGAUUGUGAAGGAUUUCUAAACGGACAGGGCGCUGAAGGAUCAUCACAGGACGGAUUUGUAACCGUUUCCCUAUUUUUUCCUCUCUCUGUGGACGGACAGCCACUUUUGCUGGAGUUACCUGCACCUGCUGGACUUCUGCGGUGUGUGUGUGCGGAGAGUGUGCAGAGGGUGUAGAGAGUGUGUGGUGCUGGACCGGAGUGUGUGCAGUGGACACACUGACCAUGAGGACUAAGGGACUGUAACACACGGUGGUUAUGUCUGGGCGUGAUCAGUGUGAAGGUGCUAUGUUUGAGGAUGAGUCUGACCGGGACAGCGCAGUGGGCAGUGCUGCGGGGUCAGAGCUGUCGGACGGAGGGAGAGGAGGAGAGAAAGAGGAACCCCUGCGACUCUACCUACCUGGAGAGAAGUCUAUAGAUGUGAGUAUGAACCCCUUGGUGGUCUCUGAUCUCUCUGCCCGCUCGUCCGCCUCUCUGAAUGAGGAGCAGUUUGAGGAUUACGGUGAGGGAGAUGAUGUAGAGUAUAACUCCAUCAGCCCAGAGGAUGACACGCGCACAAAUGGGUUCUCUGACCUGGGUUCCUCCGGACCCUCCAGUGCGGGUCAGACUCCGCGGAAGGUGCGGCAGGUAAACGAGGAUCACCCGGAGCUUUAUUGCUCGCACUGCUGCAAGAAAUUCACUCAGCUCAAUGAUCUUGAGAACCGGCUCAGAAACCUCAAAACACACAGCCCAAACAGAAAAAUCUCCAGCACGGCGUUUGGCAGGCAGCUGCUCCACCACAGUAACCUCAGCAGCAGUAACGGCAGUACGGAGGAUUUGUUCAGAGACAGCAUCGACUCCUCGGAUGCAGACAUCUCUGAGAAGGUGAGUCAGCUGGAGAAGAAGCUGUGCGAGCUGGAGAACGAGUGUUUAACGAACGGUGAUGUGAAAUCCAAACUCAAGCAGGAGAACACCCAGCUAGUGCACAAGGUUCAUGAACUGGAGGAGCUGCUGAAGGAGCAGGAGGCUCGAGCAGAGCUGACGAUGGAGGUAGAGCGCCGGAAACACCGGGAUGCGUUCAGCAAACUGGAGAGAGACAGAAACGCUCAGAUAGAGCUGCUCACCAACCGCGUCCAGCAGCUUGAGGUGGAGAAUGCAGACCUGCUGCUGAACAUGAACAGGCUGAAAUCUCAGACGGAGAAACUGGACGAGGAAAAGCAGCGAAUGACGGACAAACUGGAGGACACGAGCCUGCGUCUGAAGGAUGAGAUGGACCUGUACAAGAAGAUGAUGGACAAGCUGAGGCAGAACCGGAAUGACUACCAGAGAGAGAAGGACGCCAUGCAGGAGCUGAUAGAGGACUUGCGGCGGGAGCUGGAGCACCUGCAGGUGUUUAAGCUGGAGGCGGAACGUGUUGGGCGCGGCCGGAGCUCAUCCACCAGCCUAUCAGAAUUCAGCACACGCACACGAGAGAGCGAACUCGAGCAGGAGGUGAAGAGGCUCAAACAGCGUUAUCUUUUGCAGGACGUUCAGCCUGAACUCCACCAGCAAGUGUGUGUUAGCGCACGACUGUGCCGCACUCUGGCGGAGAAUCAGAAGCUGCGGGAGCAGAAUGAAGAGCUAAAUGGUCAGAUUCUCAGUCUGAGUCUGCACGAAGCUAAGAACCUGUUCGCCACACAGACUAAAGCACAGUCACUCGCCACAGAGAUCGACAACGCAUCCCGAGACCAGUUAAUGGAGGCCCUGAAGGAACAAGAGGAAAUAAAUCUGCGUCUCAGGCAGUACAUGGAUAAGAUUAUAUUAUCUAUCCUGGACCACAACCCGUCCAUCCUGGAAAUCAAAAACGCCUAAGCUGAAGCUGAAGUACCUCUGAGCGGCUCCCCUGCUGGCCUGGAGGUGGAUGUUGCGAGUUGAUUUCAACUGCGUUCUUCCAAAUGGAUGUGAACUUCAUGCUGUGAAAUAAACUUCAUUCCUCCUUUGCUCAUUCAUGUUGUGAGACUUCAGGAGACACUGGAAAAUUUCAUGCACUUUUCCAGGACAUACUUCAUCACUGCUGCUCUGUACAACUGUGGGAAUCAUCACUGGAAGGGCAUUACGGGAUUGUGUAACAUGACACUGGAUGUGGCCUGUACUGUACAUGUGCAGUGGGCCAUAAGGGGGACAUUUGGGUUAUUUUGGUUGAAACUGGGUGUUUGUUUUAUGAUACCCGUUUUUCUUCCCUGUGUAGUCCCAUUGUGCUGAAACCUGCUGAUUAGGUUGAUCACGUUUGCUUGGUGAUCAAUUUUAGUGAAAAGUAAGUCGAUCAGAGGGAAUAUGUGAGCUUUGAGUUCUUUGAUGGUGUGUGAUGAGGCACUAUGUGGAUGGCUAAGAAAUAAGUCUGAGAGAGAAACAGAGAGAGAGGAGGGGGAAGUGGAAGUUUGAGGCCAGAAAUGCGUGUUGUGCUAUGUACUGAGUUUAUUUGGUAAAACAGAAAAGCCACUUUAGUUAGUGAGAGAGUUUAUAAUCAGAGUAACGGCAGCAUCUGAAUGUUCACUUACCUUUCUGAAUGUGCGUACAUUCGUGUUUGGGGAUAUUUCACUAGCCUUCCUGUCUUCAUACGCUGUAAUUUCAAAGAAUAGCCACUUAUUUUAAGGAAUACUCCAGCGUUUUCCAGCCUUACGCAUAACUAUUGUAGCUUUAGCAUACAGUCGAUUACCACACUUAUUUCAAUGUCUUUCCCUGUACUUUAAGAGAACUGAAAACCUGUUAACAUAAAACACACUUAAACAGAAGUUAAUGGGCAGUUGCUUCAGCAAGUACAAAGAACUGUGUUUAUUGUAAUAAUUCAUUUAAAAGUGUUUCUAAAGUUCUUGGUAAUCACCUGUAUGCUAGAGGUAGUGUUUAGCUUGGAAUAGCUUGAAAAAUGCUAGAAUAUUCCUUUAAGCUGUAUUCUGUUACAAAUGCUGUUUCUUAGGAGCUUUAACAAAGUCUGCAAGAAAAUUCAUAGAUUCAUAAGCUGCUGUUCCAAAAUGCCUGACCAUAAUGAGGGGUUUGCAUAUUUUUUCAUCCUCAGCUUUCCCAAAUAUUUAAUUAGGCCUAGCUUUUGGAUCACUUUUGUAGGUUAAUGGAAUUAUGGAUUCGCAAGAUGCAGGUACAUUUAUGAGCUUUUCCUCAGAUUUUCACCAGUUUGAGUUCCAGUACAAAUGAAAAUGCUCAUGAUACGUUCACAACCACCAAGUUUGUAUUGUCCCCCCCACCCACCCCCCAGCUUUGCACAGUGAGCACAAUUUUAUUUUUAGGGUUUUAAUAACAUUUCCCUUGUGCCUUUUCAUUCACCGAUAGUACCGGUAGACCUACUGAUUGUUUAGUUGCACACUGGCUAGCUGUUUAGCUUUCUCACACCUUAAUCACAUACAUUUCAGUGCAAUCUCUGACAAAAAAGUUGUAAAUACUGUACAGGAUUAGUCACUUUUUUCUAUACUAUGUGCCACUCAUCACUUUUACAUUAAUUAUCUAGGCUUUUUGUACACUUUUUCCAGUAAUGGGGCUAUCUCUGUGUUUGUAUGGUGUAGAUUUUUUGGUUUAGGCGUUGUAAACACGUCCAGUAGAUGAAAUCAGAGGCAUUAAUUUACUAAUGUAGUGACAGAAGCUACAAGGCUAUAUAGCCUGGAUGCUAGCAAGUUAGCAGGCUGGAACUGCUGCAUAAAAACCCAAAAUUGUGAUUUAGCUGUCCGGUUUGCUUUCUGGCACAUUUUCUUUCAAUUCGCCUGUUUUAUCUGCCAUCACCGGAGACAUUUUCAGGCAUCAGAUCAAUGAGCUAAUAACAGCAAAGCGCUGUAGCUUGCUAACAUCACCAAAGCUGAUGGUAAAAGAAUCUGAGGAUCUGAAAUACUGUUGAAAUAGCAAUAACAAUACGUUCAGCUGAGUUUGAAACAGUAAACGUCAAAUCCGCAGCUGUAUGGCAGCAGUUCCAGAUAGAGAAGACCAAUGCCUACAAACUGUGGCUAAUGCUAAUGCUCUUGUGGCUAAUGAUGUCACCAAUUUAGUUCAGCCUCAGCACUACUCAAUCAAUCAGAAGUCUUCUGACAUUGAUUUCUUGAUACUUUUCUCUCUUUUUUUUUGGCAUUUCAGCUUUUAGAAGGGAUAUGUGUUUGACGUUUGUACGUUUGUAUGGAUGUAACAGCGUUUCGUAUGCAGCAUCGUUUUAAAUGCAGUAGAAUUAUGACUUUGCUCCAAGAAGAGCCCUCUUAAUUUAUUAAUGUAACUCGGAGUAUUGUUACAUGAUUUCUCUUUGGUACUCUGUUUUUUUUUUUUCAGUUUGUUUAACAGUUGGGAUAUACUGCACAGUCCUAGGACACAAAGAAGUUGACUUCAGCAUGUUAUAGAUGCGCAGCCUGUAACUGGACAGACUUGUCUGGAACUUUUCAAAUAAAUUCUGAAGAAUUUCU